CUGCAUUCUGACUAGCGGCCAAGCACAUGACAUUCUGAACUUCAGCGAAGAUACAGGAAGACUAUGUCAGAGCGUCACGAUGACUAUGCAAGGUAACAGUACAACCUCUCCUUUGUUCCCAAACAUCAGCUCCUCCUGGGUGCACAGCCCCUCAGAGGCAGGGCUGCCCUCGGGGACAGUCACUCACUUGGGCAGCUACAACAUUUCGCAAGCAGCUGGGAAUUUCUCCUCGAACGACACCUCCAGCGACCCUCUCGGGGGUCACACCAUCUGGCAAGUGGUCUUCAUCGCCUUACUAACAGGCUUCCUGGCGUUGGUGACCAUCAUCGGCAACAUCCUUGUCAUCGUGGCUUUCAAGGUCAACAAACAGCUGAAGACGGUCAACAACUACUUCCUGUUGAGCCUGGCCUGUGCAGACCUGAUCAUUGGGGUCAUUUCCAUGAACCUGUUCACCACCUACAUCAUCAUGAACCGCUGGGCACUGGGGAACCUAGCCUGCGACCUCUGGCUCUCCAUUGACUACGUGGCCAGCAACGCUUCUGUCAUGAACCUGCUGGUCAUCAGCUUUGACAGGUACUUUUCCAUCACGAGGCCGCUCACCUACCGAGCCAAACGAACAACAAAGCGAGCCGGCGUGAUGAUCGGUCUGGCUUGGGUCAUCUCCUUUGUCCUGUGGGCUCCUGCCAUCUUGUUCUGGCAGUACUUUGUAGGGAAGAGAACUGUGCCCCCGGGAGAAUGUUUCAUUCAGUUCCUGACCGAGCCCACCAUCACCUUCGGCACGGCGAUCGCUGCCUUUUAUAUGCCUGUCACCAUCAUGACUAUUUUAUACUGGAGGAUCUAUAAGGAAACUGAGAAGCGUACCAAAGAGCUGGCUGGGCUACAGGCUUCCGGGACAGAAGCCGAGGCAGAAAACUUCGUCCACCCCACCGGUAGUUCUCGGAGCUGCAGCAGCUACGAACUACAGCAGCAAAGUAUGAGGCAUUCAUCCAGGAGGAAGUACGGCCGCUGUCGCCUCUGGUUCACGACCAAGAGCUGGAAGCCCAGCGCUGAGCAGAUAGACCAAGACCACAGCAGCAGCGACAGCUGGAAUAACAAUGACGCUGCUGCCUCCCUGGAAAACUCGGCCUCCUCUGACGAAGAGGACAUUGGCUCGGAGACCAGAGCCAUUUACUCUAUUGUGCUCAAGCUUCCGGGUCACAGCACCAUCCUCAACUCUACCCAGCUACCCUCCUCAGACAGCCUGCAGGUGCCGGACGAGGACCUGGGGGCCGCUGACGUGGAGAGGAGUGCCAACAAGGCCCAGGAGGGCACGGAUGGCGGGGACAACUGUCAGAAGAGCUUCCCCAAGCUGCCCAUGCAGCUAGAGUCUGCUGUGGACACAGCCAAGACCUCCGACACCAACUCCUCGGGGGACAAGACUGCGGCCGCCCUACCUCUGUCCUUCAAGGAGGCCACGCUGGCUAAGAGGUUUGCUCUGAAGACCAGAAGUCAGAUCACCAAGCGGAAAAGGAUGUCACUCAUCAAGGAGAAGAAGGCGGCCCAGACCCUCAGUGCCAUCUUGCUGGCCUUCAUCAUCACAUGGACCCCGUACAACAUCAUGGUCCUGGUGAACACCUUCUGUGACAGCUGCAUACCCAAAACCUAUUGGAACCUAGGCUACUGGCUCUGCUACAUCAACAGCACCGUGAACCCCGUGUGCUACGCCCUGUGCAACAAGACGUUCAGAACUACCUUCAAGAUGCUUCUUUUGUGCCAGUGUGACAAGAGGAAGAGACGUAAACAGCAGUACCAGCAGAGACAGUCAGUCAUUUUUCACAAGCGAGUGCCCGAGCAGGCCUUGUAGGAAAAGGGCUUAUCGACAGCAGUGACCACACACGCACAUCAGCCCACGAAGCCUAGCGGGAGCCUGGCACGGGGUAGGAGGCCAUUCCUGAUGGUGAUAAA